AACCCUUUGAUUUUUUAAAGGAGGCUCUCGGAUUCUCUAUGUUUCCUUCUCGAUUAUUUCAAUUACUUUAUUAAAUUUUUUGGGUGUGUUGAUGAUUGAGUGGGUAUAAGGGUUUUUGCUGAAGAAAGAUGCUCCUUGUAAAGUGGGACGUGUGUAGUGUUUCUGCUUUUCUUUUAUGUUUUGCUGCUUUUUUCUGAGUUUCAAGUUGUUGCAAAGUUGAAAUUUUUUAAACAUUUUUGGGUACUUUUCUGUUCUUUGUUUUCGGUUGUCUUCUUUUAUUUUUUUGUUCUGAGAGAGCUUUGUUCUUCUAGGGCUGCAAAUUUUAUUUUUGGAUUUCGUAUGUGUAUUUUUAUGACUAUUAUUACUACUGUGAUAGGUUAACAUGGUGAAUUUAUCUUACGAGAAGCUGACUCCCAGUUGACCUCAUGUUAUUUAUUUUUUAAAUUUUAGUUUUGGGUUUGGGUGAGGGAGAUGUAGCGAGUUCCAUUCAAGACGUCAAAUUUAUUUUGAUGUUGUGCAGUUUAAAUUGGUGAAUGAGGUUAUGGGAUUUUUGACUCUUUGAAUCUGGCUCUUUCAAUAGGAAGUUUAAGGCAAUUAAGUCAAUGGAUCCCCCAUUCAAUGAGAUGCUGAAUACAGUAAAUGGAAAGAAAUUCGGUGAUGAGACCUUUUUGCCCAGUUAUGAGCAAUCUCAAAACCUUACCAAUGGGAUUAAACAUGAUAAUUGGGAGCUUGAUGACCUGGAUAUCCCUUUUCUUCCGUUAAGCCCAAGCCCUGAUAAUUUUGCUCCAUCUUUGACUAUGAGCUAUGAGACAGAAUCUCCAGAUGAUCAAGACUCUGAUCCAGUACUAAAGUUCCUUAAUCAGAUCCUGGUUGAAGAGGACAUGGAAGAGAAGCCCAGCAUGUUCUAUGAUCCACUAGCCCUACGAGCUGCUGAGAAAUCAUUGUAUGAAGUCAUUGGCAAGGAAUAUCCUCCUUCACCCUUUCAACCAUCAAGUCAUGGUGACCAAACGUCUGAUAGCCCUGAUAGCUUUUUCGGGACAUCCAGUGAGUAUACAAACAGUAGUACUGCUGGUAGUAGUGCCAUUGAUCCUCAAUGGAUUGUUGAUCCUGGUGAAAAUAAUACCUCAGUGGAACACGGUUGUCAACAGGAUUCUUCAUCCAAUUUAGUCUUGCCUGUGAGUUCACAAACAUCAUUUGGUACUGUUAACGGCUCAUAUGAUAACGCCACUACCCAGAUAAACUCCUCUGAGAACACGAGCCUGCUUCAAAAUAUAUUCAGCGAUAGUGAGUCCAUCUUGCAGUUCAAGAGAGGGAUGGAAGAAGCUAGUAAAUUCCUUCCUACUGGUAAUCAAUUGAUUAUUGAUUUGGACAAAUAUGUGUUGCCUCAAAAAUCAGAAGAUAUCACUCCAGCUGUUGCGAUCAAGGUAGAAAAGGAUGAGAUUGAUGAGUCUCCUCAUGUCUUGAGGGGAAGAAAGCAUCAGUAUCCGGAUGAUGCUGAUCCUGAAGAUGUUGAAAGAAGCAGCAAACAGUCUGCUGUUUAUGUUGAAGAUGUUGAGCUUUCUGAAAUGUUUGACAGAGUUCUCCUUUGUGACGUUAAAGAUGAUUCGGUGUCUCGUAGUUGUGAUGCUAAAUUGCCUGGUGGAGUGGAGAAAACAGUACUGCCGAAUGGGCUUAAUGGCGGAAGAACUCGUGCUAGGAAAAAUGAGGGGAAACGUGACUCUGUGGACCUAAGGACUCUUUUGAUUAGUUGUGCUCAAUCUGUUGCUGCUGAUGAUCGUAAGACUGCAUAUGAACAACUAAAACAGAUUAGUCAACAUUCUUCUCCCACUGGUGAGGUGUACCAGAGGCUGGCUAAUGUAUUUUCCAGUGGCCUUCAGGCACGCUUGGGUGGUACUGGAACCGAGCUUUAUGCAUCCCUUACUCGUAGGAAAAUCACUGCUGCUGAGAAGUUAAAAGCGUACCAGGUUUAUCUUUCAGCCUGUCCAUUCAAGAAGAUGUCAAUUUUCUUUGCAAUUAAGAUGAUUGCAUUAGUGGCUUCAGAAGCGACUACAUUGCAUAUUGUAGAUUUUGGUAUUCUUUAUGGUUUCCAGUGGCCUGCCCUCAUCCAGUUUCUUUCAGAGAGAACAGGUGGACCUCCCAAGCUGCGAAUCACUGGAAUCGAGCUUCCGCAACCAGGUUUUAGGCCAGCAGAUAGAGUAGAAGAGACAGGGUGCCGCUUGGCGAAAUAUUGUGAACGUUUUGGUGUACCAUUUGAGUACCAGGCUAUUGCAACACAAAACUGGGAGAAAAUUAAAAUUGAGGACCUGAAAAUUGAACCUGGUGAGGUACUUGUUGUGAACUGUCUGUUUCGAUUUGGUAGAUUGCUUGAUGAGACUGUUAUGGUUGAGAGUCCCAGAGAUGCGGUUCUGAACUUAAUUAAGAAAAUGAAGCCAGAUAUAUUUGUGAAUGCUGUCACCAAUGGAUCGUACAGUGCCCCAUUCUUUGUUACACGCUUCAGGGAAGCUCUCUUCCACUAUUCAGCACUAUUUGAUAUGUUUGAUGCUACCCUGCCUCGUGAUAAUCCGCACAGAAUCAAUUUUGAACAAGACUUUUAUGGCCCUGAGGUAAUAAAUGUUAUUGCAUGUGAGGGAGCAGAGAGAGUUGAGAGACCUGAGACAUACAAGCAAUGGCAAGUCCGCUGUAGGAGGGCAGGCUUCAAACCAUUCCCCUUGAAUCAUGAGAUUAUGAAUAAAUUGCGGCGUAAGGUUAUUACUGGGUAUCACAAAGAUUUUCUAUUUGAUGAAGAUGGCAAUUGGAUGCUACAGGGAUGGAAAGGCCGGAUUAUUUGUGCUAGUUCCUGUUGGGUCCCCUCAUAGAAAAUUAUGAACUUUCAAUCAACAUUUUGAAAGGGUAUGGAGAAGGCCUUAACAAGAUUGCAGAUAAAUGUUCAGAAGACACCGCUAUUCCCUGAUAUGGAGAUGAUCUCGUAUGACAAGAUAUUUAUAUUUGUCCCUUGUAAGCAUAUGUGUACAUAUAAACUAUGUGCCUAACCUACUUGGCGAAGGAGAGAUGGAAUAUUUCACUGCUCUUUGAUGAAGUCAUGGAGGUUUUAGAUAUAGUUGACCUAGGCUUAUUAGUCGGCUUGCCUAGAUUUAAUGUUUUAGUGCUUCUUCCGUUGUGCCAGGAUGAUUUUAGAGUAUGGUGACUUGUGAUCUUUUUAUAUGUACAUUAAUUGGGAUGAUGAUCUUAUAUUGGAAGAACGCAUCGUAGUGUGAUUCUACAAUGGAUUUUGCAGCAGUGAUUUUAUGCAGUUAUGUUCAAAUUUUGUAGCCAAUAGUUUAUGGUUAA